AUGGCCAAUAAAACUUAUGUGGAGCUCCCCAAUUCUCCCAAAAGUAGGAGCCUUCGCGUGGUUGGCUCUGAAAAAGCACAUCUUGACAGGGGAAAGAUUGUGCAGACUGGGCUUCUUGGGCCCUUUCAGAUGCAUAAUGUGCAAGAAGUGGUGCCAUCCCUUGUUGUAUGGGAGAUUUGGAAGGAGAGAAACAGAAGGAUAUUCCAAGAAAAAGAAGAAUCAAUGGAGAGUUUGUUGUUAAGAGUUGAAAGAGCGAUAGCUGAAUCAGUAUUAGUGGCAGCAAGAAACCAUAAUCUGGCCAAAUACCCCUACACUAGUGAGGAUGAAGAUAUUCAAGCUAAUUGGCCUCUUGUGAAUUGUCAACCCAUUAAUGGGCCCCUGCGGGUUAAUCCCCCUUUAGAAAAAGAGGAGGUUACAUGGGAACCGCCAAGCAAGGAAUGGAUAAAAAUAAACUUUGAUGGGGCAUCUAGGGGAAACCCGGAAACCUCAAGAGUGGGAGUAGUUGUGAGAAAUGAUAAAGGGGUCAUCCUUUUCAAGGGUGCACAACGACUGCAGGAUGGAACAAAUAAUGAAGCAGAGGUACAGGCGGCACUUAUGGCAACUGAAUUGGCUAUAAACAUGAAAAUCCCAAAGUUGCACCUGGAAGGAGAUUCCCAAGUGAUCAUCAAUGCAAUUGCUAAGGGCAAUACCCCAUCUUGGAAAUUAUCCCAUUGGGUGGAGAUCAUUCGAGAAAAACUCAACCUCUUUGAGGAGUUUUGGGUCUCCCAUGUCAAGCGAGGUGCCAAUGCAGUGGCAGACCUUCUCUCCAACAUUGGAUGUGACAUGACAAGCCAAGUGGCCAAGUGGUGGAAGGGAGAUGGCAGAGUGUGGAAGUGGAUUUCAUGCAGUCCUAGAAGCAUGAAAUAA